CGUGGCGGCAUUUUUUGCUCUUCGCGCUCGCCCUCGCGUAUAACCUAACCAACAAUCAAAAAGAAAAGGAGCAGAAAAGAAAUAUCAUAAGUAGCGACUUUGGUAGUGAAACGUCGUCGCCGUCGCGAUGCCUAUUUUCCGAGCCAACAGAUAGUACAUAAGAAAAGGAACUAUUCGAGCGUGAAGCGAGACGGCAGAGUUGUCGUCCACGAGUGAAGGAAGGAUAUAUUACAAGGAAAAAUGAGGUUACUUUUAACGAGUAUAUGGCUUCUGCUGGUUAUUUCUAUCAACUCCGUCUUCGCCUGGGACACUGAACAGCUUGAGGUUUUUGACGUCGUCGAGGAAGUCAAUCAGAAUUUCUACGAGCUUCUUGGCGUGCCACAGAAUGCUUCUUUACAAGAUGUCAAGAAAGCUUUUCGAAGGCUAUCGUUGGUACUCCAUCCUGAUAAGAAUGAUGCUGAGGAUGCAGAAGUGCAAUUUAGAAAUUUAGCAGCAGUUUAUGAUGUCCUUAAGGACCCUAAAAAAAGGGAACAUUAUGACAAUGUUCUCAUUAAUGGACUGCCAAACUGGCGGUCUGGUGUAUAUUAUUAUCGUUAUGUUCGGAAAAUGGGCUUAUUAGAGACAAGUAUUACUCUACUGAUUAUAAUAACCAUUGGUCAGUAUUUGUGUUCUUGGGCAGCUUAUCUUGAAAAAAGAUAUACAUAUAAAGAAGUGUUAGGUAGUAAAUUACAAAAGUUACAAAAGAAGAACCGAAAGACGAAGAUGGAUGUUCCAGACUUGGCAGACAUAUUGGAAAAAAUUCCAACUCCUAGCAUGUGGAACACCUUACCAUUUCAAUUGCCAAAGUGGAUGUAUACCUCGAUUGUUGGUAUUCCGUCCGCCAUUCGUAGUAUACAUAGAAUUUUAGAGGAGCGAAAGCAAAGGAAAAAGCAGGAGGAAGAAGAGGCUCUUAAAGCACAAGAAGAGGAGGAAGAGCCGGAGCCAAUACCGCGUGGACCAAGAAGACGAAGGCAAGGAUUCACGCCGCAAGAGCGCAGUGAACAACCUAUUCGAGAAAACUAUAACAAAAAGCCAAAUGAGACGUUGAGUAAUCAUGUCAUGGAAAAGCAAAAAGUUGGCGGGGGUCUAUGGACCGACGAUGACAUACUUGAGCUGAUCAAACUCGUUAAGAAAUUCCCUGGUGGCAUUCCAGAUCGCUGGGAAAAAAUCGCUGAUACAAUGAAUAGAACUGUUGCCGAAGUUACACAUAUGGCCAAAAAAGUGAAAGAUGAGGGCUUGAAACCCAAUCAACCAACCGAAGAAGUUCCUGUUGACGAAGCUCCCAAGAAAGUGAAAACACGCGCUGAAGUUACUGAUAAUAUCACUGAGUGGAGUCAAGACCAACAAAAAGCACUUGAGGGUGCAUUAUUAAAGUAUCCAAAGACAGGUUCGUCAGACAGAUGGGAGAAAAUCGCUUCAUGCAUUGAAGGCAAAACGAAGGAAGAGUGUCAAGCUCGUUACAGAUAUUUAGUCGAAGUGAAUAAGUCGCAAGAAAAAUCAGAAGAGGAGUCGCGGGAGAACUCGCACGAUAAACCGCAAGAAAAAUCGGGAGAGGAGUCGCAGGAGGAUUCGCGGAAGACGGAGGAGGAAGAGGAGGCGAAGCCGCGGCCCAUAAGUGCCGACGGCCACGUGGCCGUAUUCCCGACCUGCGACAAGCACAAAGUCCCUAUUCCGAAGCGAACGCCGAGAGAAAAAUACCUGAUAACGAGCAUAACGCUCAUGGUGGUCUCGUAUUAUUUCUGGAUGUUCACUGGAACCUGGCUGGCCUUCAACGAUACGUUCGACAAAUAUGCCACUUAUCUGAAUCUUACGCGGUCCGUGCACGUAUUCAUCAUUGACAUGGGCUCGGAGGGCAGUCGCAUCAGCUACUUCGAGUUCCACGUGCACGCCCUGACGGAUAAUCUAGUAUUCGACCAGGGGGCAUACACCGAGGCUACGCCCGGACUGAGCACCUUCUUCGACGAUUCCGAGAAGGUAGUGGAAUCGCUGAAUAGAUUGGUGACGCAAGCAAGAGACACGUUGCCAAAGGAACUUUGGAGGUCAACGCCAAUAUGGCUGAGAACUUCCGAGGGUCUGACCCUGAUGCCCUUGGAAAAAGCACACAUCAUUCUCGAUGAGUGCAGUCGCGUGUUGAACAACUCGGGUUUCAUGGUCGACGACGAUUCGGUCGACGUCAUAAGAGGCAGCGACAAGGCCAUCUAUUCGUGGUUGACCAUCAACAUGCUAAUAAGAGCAUUCACGAAUCGGCCCUUCACGGUCGCCGCUUUCGACUUAGACGGUUUCUCGAACAACGUGGCCUUCGCCGUGGAUUCCAAAACCAUCGAUCCCAGGUACGGGAAGAAGUUGUACCACGUGAGCGCCUACAAUCGAAACUUCACCGUCUAUGCCGACAGCUUCUUGACCAUGGGGAUGUUCGUCGCAAGGAAGAGAAUAUUGACUCAUCGGGACAAUAACAGAAAUAACAAAGUGCCGUACGCAAACGUGACGACCAUUCACCUGAAGUCCGAGUGCAUCUCUCCAUCUAUACCCGAAAUCGUGUGGAAUUUCCGUAAAAAAACUCUCAUCGUGAAACCACUGAUUGAUGAUCGCCACGCGACCGAUAGAAUAAUCAAGUGCUUAGAAAUUGUUCGCAAAGUCGUUAAGAAGGUUAUCCCCUAUCCAUUACCAAUUCACCCAACGCAGAGGGUUUACGCGUUCUCGAAUUACUUUGAUCGGCUGCAGGAGGUUAAAUACUUACAGCUCAGUAAAGGUGCAAGAGUGACCGUUGGGCACAUUCAGAACUUAGCUGCAAAGGCUUGUGAACAACCUGACUUGAUGCAUCCAUUCAUGUGCUUAGAUUUGUCCUUUAUAUAUGUCUUACUUCACGAUGGAUUCGGUCUUCAUUUAACAAAACAAAUAAUUGUAACAAAUUAUAUUGAAGGUCAAAAUUUGGAUUGGGCAUUAGGUGCUGCAUACAAAGUACUUCAAAACAGAAUGAAAUAGUGACUAGCUCUUCGUUUUAGAUUCCAAGGUGCUUUAUACACUCAAGCGAAUUAUUACAUUUAUAAAUAUAUGACCCUUCCAUGAUAAUAUAGAAGGUUUUAACGAUCUGGAUCUGUGCGAUUGGACGUUGUAACUUUUAAACGAGUAACCGUUUGCAAUAUAAUAUCGAUUGUGUAUAAUGUGCCAAUAAAUAAUGUGACUUCAUCGAAUUAAAAAA